GCCAGGGCGGGAGCGGCUGGCGCCGCGCGGCCAGGACUGUCUGAGGAGAAGUUCGCGAGCACUGGCUAUGGGUCCUGGGACGCGGCUGGCGGCGCUGCUGGCGGUGCUGGCGCUCGGGACAGGAGACCCAGAAAGGGCUGCGGCUCGGGGUGACACAUUCUCGGCGCUGACCAGCGUGGCGCGCGCCCUGACGCCCGAGCGCCGGCUGCUGGGGCUGCUGAGGCGGUACCUGCGCGGGGAGGAGGCGCGGCUGCGGGACCUGACUAGAUUUUAUGACAAGGUACUUUCUUUGCAUGAGGAUUCAACAACCCCUGUGGCUAACCCUCUGCUUGCAUUUACUCUCAUCAAACGCCUGCAGUCUGACUGGAGGAAUGUGGUACAUAGUCUGGAGGCCAGUGAGAACAUCCGAGCUCUGAAGGAUGGCUAUGAGAAGGUGGAGCAAGACCUUCCAGCCUUUGAGGACCUUGAGGGAGCAGCAAGGGCCCUGAUGCGGCUGCAGGACGUGUACAUGCUCAAUGUGAAAGGCCUGGCCCGAGGUGUCUUUCAGAGAGUCACUGGCUCUGCCAUCACUGACCUGUACAGCCCCAAACGGCUCUUUUCUCUCACAGGGGAUGACUGCUUCCAAGUUGGCAAGGUGGCCUAUGACAUGGGGGAUUAUUACCAUGCCAUUCCAUGGCUGGAGGAGGCUGUCAGUCUCUUCCGAGGAUCUUACGGAGAGUGGAAGACAGAGGAUGAGGCAAGUCUAGAAGAUGCCUUGGAUCACUUGGCCUUUGCUUAUUUUCAGGCAGGAAAUAUUUCCUGUGCCCUCAGCCUCUCUCGGGAGUUUCUUCUCUACAGCCCAGAUAAUAAGAGGAUGGCCAGGAAUGUCUUGAAAUAUGAAAGGCUCUUGGCAGAGAGCCCCAACCAGGUGGUAUCUGAGGCUGUCAUCCAGAGGCCCAAUACACCCCACCUGCAGACCAGAGGCACCUACGAGGGGCUAUGUCAGACCCUGGGUUCCCAGCCCACUCUCUACCAGAUCCCUAGCCUCUACUGUUCCUAUGAGACCAAUUCCAAUGCCUACCUGCUGCUCCAGCCCAUCCGGAAGGAGGUCAUCCACCUGGAGCCCUACAUUGCUCUCUACCAUGACUUUGUCAGUGACUCAGAGGCUCAGAAAAUUAGAGAACUUGCAGAACCAUGGCUACAGAGGUCAGUGGUGGCAUCAGGGGAGAAGCAAUUACAAGUGGAGUACCGCAUCAGCAAAAGUGCCUGGCUGAAGGACACUGUUGACCCAAUGCUGGUGACCCUCAACCACCGCAUUGCUGCCCUCACAGGCCUUGAUGUCCGGCCUCCCUAUGCAGAGUAUCUGCAGGUGGUGAACUAUGGCAUCGGAGGACACUAUGAGCCUCACUUUGACCACGCUACGUCACCAAGCAGCCCCCUCUACAGAAUGAAGUCAGGAAACCGAGUUGCAACAUUUAUGAUCUAUCUGAGCUCGGUGGAAGCUGGAGGAGCCACAGCCUUCAUCUAUGCCAACCUCAGCGUGCCAGUGGUUAGGCACUGUUUUGGUGGAACCUGCACAGGAGUGGUGAAGGGGACAGUGACACACUUCAUGCUGGUUGUCCUGUCCUGGUGGGAGAUAAGUGGGUGGCCAACAAGUGGAUACAUGAGUAUGGACAGGAAUUCCGCAGACCCUGCAGCUCCAGCCCUGAAGACUGAACUGUUGGCAGAGAGAAGCUGGUGGAGUCCUGUGGCUUUCCAGAGAAGCCGGGAGCCAAAAGCUGGGGUAGGAGAGAAGAAAGCAGAGCAGCCUCCUGGAGGAAGGCCUUGUCAGCUUUGUCUGUGCCUCGCAAAUCAGAGGCAAGGGAGAGGUCGUUACCAGGGGACACUGAGAAUGUGCCCCAGCCACGGGAGUCAGAGUAGGAUGCACAGUACAAAGGAGGGGGGAGUGGAGGCCUGAGAGGGAAGUUUCUGGAGCUCAGAUACUCUCUGUUGGGAACAGGACAUCUCAACAGUCUCAGGUUCGAUCAGUGGGUCUUUUGGCACUUUGAACCUUGACCACAGGGACCAAGAAGUGGCAAUGAGGACACCUGCAGGAGGGGCUAGCCUGACUCCCAGAACUUUAAGACUUUCUCCCCACUGCCUUCUGCUGCAGCCCAAGCAGGGAGUGUCCCCUUCCCAGAAGCAUAUCCCAGAUGAGUGGUACAUUAUAUAAGGAUUUUUUUAAGUUGAAAACAACUUUCUUUUCUUUUUAUAUGAUGGUUUUUUAAUACAGUCAUUAAAAAUGUUUACAAAUAAUUUUUCCCAACUGAGAAUAUUCGUACAUUAUAAAGCUGAGUGGAAAAAAAGGGAGAGUGCAGUUGGCCCUCCACAUCCAUGUGUUCCCCAUCUGUGGAUUCCACCUUGGAUUGAAAAUAUUUGAAAAAAAACCAUGGAUAAUAACAGACUUUAUUCUGUACAUGCUUAGUACAGAUGCAAUAGAUUGUAUUGUAUUCCCUGAACAAUACAGUAUAACAUCUUCUUACAUAGCAUUUACAUUGUGUUAGGUGUUAUAAGUAAUCUAGAGGUGACAAAGUAUAUGGGAGGAUGUGUGCAGGUUACAGGUUAUAUGCAAAUACUACACCAUUUUAUACAAGAGACUUGAACAUCUGUAGAUUUUGGUAUCCUCUUGAAGUCCUGGAACAAACUCCCCAUGGAUGCUGAGGGAUGACUGUACAGCAUUUUAUUUAUGCUAUAAUCUCGGUGCAGCUCACCUCCCACCACUGUCCCCGGCUACGUUCCAGAUGCUGGAAUUCUUUCUUGUCCCCAUCACCACCAUGCCCAUCACCACCACCUUCACUCCCACUUCUCAGGCCUUGACAUUUGUCAUCCCCUCAGUCUUUCCACUGCUGAGCUCUUUUCAUCAUUCCACUCAAUGCAGUGGCUAAGUAUUACCUCACAGAGCUUCCGUGACCAUGCCACCACCCAGCCACUUUCUUUCAUAUGAACUGACUUUGUUUUCUUUAUAACACUUAUCAGGAUUGAAAUGACUUUGUUCAUUUGUUUAAUUUUGGUCAGUUGCCUUCCUUGCAGGGAAAGUGCUUUGGGGCUGUGCUGUACUUUGUAAAUGCCUCUAUUCCAGCCCUCAGGUCACUGUAUUUCAAUGUUUAUAUAUUUGCCAGGCUGCUCCCACUAGGCUCUGUGCUCUUCAUUCCUCUUGGUAGCCCCAGAAGAAGGUCUGGUUCAACAUAAGUAGGCAUUCAGCAAUUCUGCAAAGGCAUCCUUUGAGCUGUGCUCUGGAGGACAGGUAGACUUUUUAUAAGCAGAGUGUGAUGAGAAGUGUUUCCCAGCAGUAGGUCUAGCAGGGGCUAAGUCUACAUGGAUGGGUGAUUGUGAUAUUUGGGCACUUGUGCCAAGAGAACAUUUCAGGCCACUUGGCUUAGGAUCCUUCACAGGGCUGUGGGCAUGUAUUGCUCAUAAGGAAGCCACAUAGUGCAAGGACUGGGUGGUUGGAUGCCUGCCAUCUCUGCCCCUUCCCCGCAAGCCCAUAUGACCUCAGCUUCCCAGAGCUCUGUGGCCCCAAGGGAAAGGCUCUGAUGUUCUAAUACCCAGCUUCCUCAGAGUCUGAAGUGCACCUUGUCACAUUCCCAGGAUUUCUGCAGAGCACACCAGGAUUCUGGAAAUCCUCUUACUAAAUUACUGCCACUACUCACAACCUGCCUCCUCCAGUUCCAAGAGGAACAGGCUUGAGACGAGACAGAAAGCGACUGUCUCGGAGGCUUUCUGUCUUCCUUUUCUUCACAGGGGAGGCUGCUCCGUUUUCUUCACAGAACCUGGACUUCUCAGAAUUACAGGAUGGGUCUGAGCUAAUCAGAGCAAUGGCACCAUUCUAAGAGCUUCAUGCAUUAAAUAUUUAAUGCUCAUUCCAACCCUAUGAUGUCAAUACAGUUAUCCCCAUUUUACAGAUAAGGAGGCAGUUUUAUAGAGUUAAGUCACUUGUUGAGAGUACCACAGACCGGCCCCAAAUCUUGUGCUUUUAAUAAUGUCUGAGAUGGGGCAGUUAUCAAACAUCUUGACCAGGCGACUGAGACCCAGGAAAGUCUGGCUGCAAAUUAAUAACUGCUUAAUGAGUAAUCCUCAGGGGAAGGCCCUGGGCUCAGUGGGUGCUGUGGGGAUACAGAGGAUAGAGCCCUGGAAGCUGGGCCGGUAGGGGGAUAAGACAAAAUGCAUCCUGAGUUCAGUGUCAUUGAAGCACAAUGUGAAAAUGUUGCACACAGAAAGAGAUGAACUACCACUGAAUGCUGCCGUCAAGAGGUAGGGGAGCCUUGGGAUUUGGGGUAGUGAGAAAGCCUCAUUUGUUUAUUCAAGUCACACUGACAAGGUGCCUACUCAGUGCCAGGCCCUUGCUGGCACUAGGGAGGGAAAGGAGAAUUAGAUGCUGACCCUGCCCUAGAAAUGGAGCAGACCCUCGAAUCAUCAUGAAACCAUGUGGCCAUGAGUGGAGACAUGAACAGGCUGCAUUAAGAGGCUCCCCUCACCCCUGGAAGUUUCAUGGGAAGGAGGGACUUGAGCAAAUCUUGAAGAUGAGCAGGGUCCCUAGAGGCUGAGAAGGAGAGACCAGGCUGGGCGUGUACUAGGGGGCAUGUGUAGGGACAGCAACACCUUACUUUUGGCCAGCAUGUUCAUUUUAAAAACGCUUUACCACUCCACUUGAACUUCAUCUCCCCAGGGAGGAGAGCAUACAUAGCAGGUACUGUGGAAA